CUUAAGUAAAUCAUCACAGAGCUCGUUGUAUAUUCAAUUUUUUUCGUUAGUUGGCAAUCAAUAACAGCCAUGGCAAGUUAUAUGCCAGUAAACCGCGAUGAGUUUAACGAAAAAUUAGAUAAAUUCUAUUCAAAUCGACCUGGCAGUAAUCGAACAGUGUGGAGGCGAGAUCAGAUGAUCAACGUUAUGAAAAUUCUGCAAGAAAUUCAGGUUCCAAGUACUAAAAAGACAGUAUCUCAUUAUCAUUACGCGAAGAAGUAUGAGCUAGCAAAAAUUGGAACGGAAUCGUAUGUAAUUUUAAAACGAAAAACUUCGAAUGAGCCAGUUAUUUACGUAAUAGCGAUGGAGGAUUACUACGAUAAAUUGUUAGAAGCUCACAUUCAAACAGGCCAUGGCGGAAGGGAUAAGAUGCAGUAUUACAUUAAAGAAAAGUACAGGAUAACGAAGGUGGCUUGUGAAAUAUUUGUGUCUUGCUGCGGGACAUGUAACAGAAAGAGGGUUGCUCCAAAACGAGGAGUUGUGAUAAAACCAAUACUGAGCGAUGGAUUUAAUGUUCGCGGACAGGUGGAUUUAAUUGAUUUUCAAUCUUGUCGCGAUGGUGAGUUCAAUUGGCUACUAAACUACCAAGAUCACGCUACCAAGUUUUUGCACCUUCGACCCUUGAGAUCCAAGCACGCAGCUAACGUUGCUGAAGAAUUGUCGAAAAUCUUCUUUACAUGGGGAGCCCCGACUAUUUUGCAGAGCGAUAAUGGUCGAGAAUUCGUGGCUGCAGUAAUACACGAACUUGUUUCCAUCUGGCCUCACUGCAGGAUUGUUCAUGGGCGUCCGCGACACCCACAGAGCCAAGGUAGUGUCGAAAGGUCAAAUGCGGACGUUGAAAACAUGUUAAGAGCCUGGAUGAUCGAUAAUGAUUCGAUAAAUUGGAGUCGUGGUUGCUACGAAGUACAAUGGCAAAAGAAUACAUCGCGACAUAGAGUCAUAAACAGGAGCCCGUACGAAGCUCUACUUGGACCGAUAAAAAGCGGCAUAAGAAAUACAUCUUUGCCUGAUGAAAUUUUAAAUUCGCUUCAGACAGAGGAAGACUUGGAGCAAGCUCUGGAGGAGCAGAAUGUACAAUUGAACGCGAGUGUUGAGCAGUGCGAAGACGUAAGCAAGAGAAAAAGAAUGCGAGAGGAUGAAGAAGAGGAAAGAGAGGGACCACAGAAGAAGCGACAGGUAGACGACUCGAGCAGUAUACUUUGCACAAAGUGCAAAAUGGAAAUGCAUAGCGACCGCGGACAGAUUGCUAUCUGUUCAUUGUGCGCUAGGGGCAAACAGCUACUUGACACUCGGUCAAAUUGUUUCGAGCGUCAAACGACAGAGGCCGAAAAAAUGGUUACCUGUUCGAGUAUCACUUUUCCACCCCUUCAGAUCAAUGACACCAUUACAUUAUCUGUUCCCACUGUUGACCGUGGGCCUCUCGAUUUUAAUAACAUAUUUGGCGUUGUAACUGAUACCAAAAAUGACGUAUAUCAAAUUGGAACUAAGGAUGGGAUAUUGAAAGGAUGGUUCCCCCGUAUUGAAAUUGCAAAAUCGGGCACUAAUCUUAUUACCAUGGCUGACGUUCCAAAAAAUGUUCUUCUUACUUUGAGGGAAGCUGCUGCAAAGCAGUCGGCAAGUGGUGGACAGGGAUAUAAAAAAUGCAAUUGCAAAAUUGCUAAAAAUCAGUGUCAGACAAAUAGAUGUGCAUGUUUUAAAGCAAAAAUUCUUUGCAAUUCUCGUUGCCACAGUAGCGCAUCUUGCAUUAACAAAUAGUAAUGUAGUAAUAAUUGUGUAGUAAAUAAAUUGACAACAUAUCGAGCUCCAAAACAAGCAUUUCUCUAAUCGCCUACAGCGCGCCAGGCCGUUAGGCGAAAAGCCGACUUCUCGU